UCCAUCUCACUUUACUUUCUUAAGUCGCCCAUUUAUUCUCUUCUUUUCGAUCGAUCAAUCAGGCGCUCCUUAUUUUCUCCCUCUUCUUCUGUCCUCCACUCCGACCUUCUCUUCUACAUAUUCCCCAUUAUCUCAUUGUUUACCUUCUCUUUUCCGGCGUUACUGGAAUCCCCCAUUCUGAAAUUUAGUAGUCUCACAACAACAACCUAUAGCCAUAUCACUGGGACUCUUCUUUCGCAUACUCAACGCCACCGAGACCUUCCAUCAUCACAUUGUAACUGCUACAAACACAAGAACGCGUUUUCAGGUGCUUAUCGGACACGAAAACACUCAGUAAUGUUUCCGCAGGACAAUUUUUUUGCCAAUGACGAGUCAAGCACCUCAGUUGUGGAAGGUCAUGCCGCAGAACCCCCUAGUACCUCCUAUACGCCAGAGUUUGCUUCUCGUCAAUCUGUUUCACGGUCUCCGGAGGACUUUGGAACUUCUCGUCACAUAUCCCUGGGUGAUUCGAACUUUAACCUUUCUCCAGUUGCCGAAAGCAGCAGCUCUUCCGUGACACGAAAGGGCAAAAGGACAGGAAGUGGAGGUGGAGAUACCAUGACCGCUCGUCGGCGUGAAGCCAAUCGCCUCGCUGCACAGCGCUUCAGAAGCAGGAAAAAGGGAUACCAGGAUAGUUUGGAAGAAAAAAUAAAAGAGUUGGAGCAGGUGAACAGAGCGUUACAGGGAAAGUUGGAAGGAAAGAAUGAAAUCUCACGAGACCCUUCUUCAUCAUCUGCUCCUGCUCAACAUGUCUCCUAUGAUCAUUAUUCGUGGGCUGUUAAUUCUCAUCACGCUCCUCCCAUUCCUCCAUCUUCUUCCACCAUCCAUCACGAUUAUAUAGAGGUUCAGCACGAUCAUGAGUUUCGUAUUCGCCACCUUGAAAAGGUUAAUCAAGCUCUUGAAGAAGAACUUCGCGAAGUCCGGGAAGAGAACAAACAUCUCCGAGAUGAAUUCGCUCAUUGGCGUAUGUCAACUCGAGAUUGGUCUGAGGAAGAAAACGGCCGUUCUGCCUCAUCAAAUGAACCUCCUUUACCGCCGCAUCGCAGUCACAGUUGGUCUCGAGGCUCUUAUCCCUUCCCAUCUUCUUAUCACCCGCCUCUGGGUCCACACCCACAUCACUUGCACGGCGGCAGACUUCCGCCUGUCGAAGACGACUCGAGUUACUUUUCUGCUUCCAACCACCCUGAUCAGAGGGUAGCGAUCGAUCAUUACGCCCUCCCAUUGCAAUUGCCUCCAAUACGCACACCUACAACUGGGUCCGUCCCGCGUCCCUCACCACCUCUUGUUCCUGUCCGACACCGUAGCCCUCCUCUGGAUCAAGAAUGAUACGUCGUUACUAUAGCGUGUCUGUACAUCGUUGGCGAGAAUAAGACAACGCAAAUGUGAACCAAAAUAAGCCCUUCUGAGAGUUGAGGGGUUUCCGUUUUCUUUCUCUUUUUUCUUUAAAACGAAUAUUAACAAGGGUUAACAGGAUACUUUGUUUUGGGCAUUUACAAUAAGUACAGUCGCAUAUAUAUUAGAUUAUAUCAAAGGAGCAAAUGAAUACAAACGAUAUGCUACUCUGCUAUAAU